AUAAGCUCUAAGACAAAAAGAUCUAGAACGUCUAAUAAAUAGUGAAGUUAAUAGGCCUAAAUUUAAGUUAUGUCCAGAAGAAGGAUUGGCGUUGUUGGCUUCGGUCUUUUAGGACAGUACCUUGUAGAAGAAAUAAAGAAACAAAACAAUUUAGAGCUUGCUUUUGUUUGGAACCGCACACAUGAGGCAUUAGUUGGAAAUGUUCCAGAUGAUCUCCAGCUUCGUGAUCUUAAUAACUUUAAAGAUUGCAAUGCAGAUCUUAUCGUUGAAGUAGCCCAUCCAAGUAUCACAGAACAGUACGGACCCUUAUUUUUAGCACAUGCUGAUUACAUGGUGGGGUCUCCUACAGCUUUAGCUGAUGCCAAUCUAGAAGCAAGUCUGCGUUCUGCCGCCAUAUCACAUGGGCUGUAUAUCCCCUCAGGAGCAUUUUGGGGUGGUGAAGAUAUCCAGAAAAUGGCAGAUAGGGGAACUCUUCAGGCAUUGAAAGUCACCAUGAAAAAGCACCCAGCUUCCUACAAGUUGAAUGGAGAGAUAGAGAGCAUCAACAAAACAGUAACAGACUCCCCUGUAGUGUUGUACGAUGGUGGUGUGAGAGGAUUGUGUCCCCUGGCUCCAAACAACGUCAACACGAUGGCAGCGGCUGCUCUGGCUGCACACAAUCUGGGCUUUGAUAAAGUACAGGGAGUUCUAGUCUCUGAUCCCAGUUUAACAGACUGGCACAUUGUGGAGGUGGAGCUGUGGGGUCCUGGCAACAUGGCAGCAGACAAAGCUUUCCACUGUAAAACCGUUCGGCGUAACCCAGCUACGCUCGGGGCCGUAACCGGGUCAGCCACGUACGCAUCCUUCCUCAGCAGUGUUUUGGGUGCUCAUGGGAAAGGGCCAGGUGUCCAUUUGUGCUAGACCAGCAUGUAGAGCUUAUAGCCAGUGUUAACUCAUUGAUUUUAUUGGAGCUUGCAAUCUAGAUAAUUGUAUGGAGAUGAUAGGGUUAACACAUUGAUUCUAUUGAAGCUGGUUUUA